AUGUCGCCGAAGCCUGGCCCGUUGUUUCACGUACCAUGGCGAUGGAUGGGAAACUUUAAGUACAUGAUCCUCGCGCCGUUCCUCGCGCGAGCCGUGCACGCGCACCUGUACGGCAGCGAUGACGUGGACGCAUGGAGCUUCCACAUGGUGCUGCUGGCGCUGCUGCGAUUCGCGCACGGCAAUCUCUGGAUGGCCGUGGCGCGGUGGCCCUACCUGAUCGACCGCUACAGAAUACAGAAGAAGGGGAUUAAUUUCGAACAAGUGGAUCGCGAGUCGCAUUGGGACGACGCCAUCAUCCUCCAGGCGCUAGUGAUCACCGCUCUUCGCGAAUGGUUACCAGGCGCGCGAAACCUCCCGCUGUUCAGCUGGCCAGGCCUGGCACUAGUCCUGGCGCUGCACGUGGGGCCGGUAGAGUGUCUCUACUACUGGUGCCACCGUUUUAUGCACACUCCGUUCUUCUACGCGAGUUACCACUGCCACCACCACGCGUCUGUUGCGACGGAACCGACUUCGGCACAUGUGCACACGUUCCUGGAGCAGAUCGGGCACGCGCUGCUGCUGUGCGUGCCAGUGGUGGGCACAUGGCUGCUGGGCGGCGCGUCCAUCGGCGCGCUGUACGCGUACUGGCUGGCGUGUGAUUGGCUGAACGCCGUGGGGCACUGCAACUUUGAGUUUGUGCCCGUGUGGCUGCUGCGCGCCGUGCCGCCUCUCAAGUACCUCGUGCACACGCCCACGUAUCACUCUCUGCACCACUCGGAACCGAGCAGCAACUACUGCCUGUUCAUGCCGGUGUAUGACCUGAUGGCGGGCACAGUCGACCCGAACACAGACCACGUGCACAAGGAGGCGCGCAGAGGCCCAGUGGAGCAUCCGGACUUUGUCUUCCUGGGCCACGGGGUGAACCUGCAGUGCUUCUUCCACCUGCCCUUCCUCAUGCCCUACGGCUCCACGCACCCAUUCAAACCGACCUGGACCACGUUCGCGCUGCUCAUACUGUGCCUGCCGGCCUACUUUGUGCUGUGGUUCAUCUGCCCGCGCUUUGCCGUGGACAAGAAGCGGUUGAGAGGGCUCAAGCUGCACAUAUGGAUGGUGCCUCGUUUUGGGAUCAACUAUUUCAUACCCUUUGAGAAGCGAUCCAUUAACAACUUUAUAGAGUCGGCCAUCCUAGCAGCAGACAAGCAAGGGGUGAAAGUCUUAGCUCUGGGCGCGCUCAACAAGAACGAGAGCCUCAACGGCGGAGGCAAGCUGUUUCUGGACCGGCACCCGAACCUUAAGGUUCGGUUGGUGCAUGGGAACACGCUCACGGCGGCCAUCAUUCUGAGGGAGAUUCGGGAGGACGCUACUGAGGUGUUUCUGACCGGGUCAACGUCGAAACUUGGCCGGGCGAUUUCGCUGUACCUGGCGUUACGAGGCGUGCGAGUGCUGAUGCUGACCCCCUCGAGAGAGCGGUUUGAAGCCAUUAGAUCGGAGCUACCAGAGGAGAGGCAGCAUCUGCUGGUGCAAGUGACACAAUAUUCCCAGGCUAGCCAAUGCCCCGUGUGGAUCAUCGGAAAGGGCAUGAUGUGGUGGGAGCAACGCCAUGCGCCGCCCGGCACGCAUUUCCACCAGUUUGUCGUGCCGCCCAUCGCGGAGGUCCGGCCGGACUGCACGUAUGGCAAGCUGGCCGCCAUGCGGUUACCAGACGACGUGGAGAAUCUCAAGUUCUGUGAGCUGGCCUUGCCUCGUGGGCACAUCUAUGCAUGCCAUGCGGGGGGGCUGGUGCAUCUGCUGGAGGGGUGGGACUACCAUGAAGUGGGGCGCAUUGAUGUGAGCCGAAUCGACCCCACAUGGGACGCUGCCAUGCGCCACGGCCUACGACCCAUGCAGUGA